GGCGCUUGGUGGUGGAGACCGGGCUGCGCUGUGGGUCGCAUUGCGCAUGCGCGAAAUCGUGACCGCGCUGUUGUGUGAGACAUUUGAAAGCGGGUGAAGUUUAUGCAUCACUCCGGCCGCCGCUAAUCACAGCACUUACUCCAAAAGCGCACGCUACCAUGGAGCUAAACGACGCCAACCUCCAAACUCUGACUGAGUACUUGCGGAAAACACUAAACCCUGAUCCACUUGUCAGGCGUCCAGCGGAGAAGUUUCUAGAGUCGGUGGAGGGGAAUCAGAACUACCCCAUCCUGUUACUGACGACACUAGAGAAGUCCCAAGAUGAUGUGAUCCGAGUCUGUGCAGCAGUCACCUUUAAGAACUACAUUAAGAGGAAUUGGCGUAUAGUUGAAGAUGAACCAAACAAAAUUUCAGAUCCUGACCGGACAGCUAUCAAGGCCAACAUUGUAAAUUUGAUGCUGACCAGUCCAGAGCAAAUACAGAAACAGCUGAGCGAUGCUAUCAGCAUCAUUGGGCGAGAAGAUUUCCCUCAGAAGUGGCCUGAUCUCCUGACAGAGAUGGUAACACGCUUCCAGAGUGGAGAUUUCCACAUUAUCAACGGCGUGCUCCGCACCGCUCACUCACUUUUUAAACGAUAUCGGCAUGAGUUCAAGUCUAAUGAGCUGUGGCAAGAGAUCAAAUUGGUGUUGGACACUUUUGCACAGCCUCUUACCGAGCUCUUUAAGGCUACGAUCGAUCUGUGUCAGACACAUGCUACAGACGUGAAUGCCUUGAAGGUCCUCUUCUCCUCUCUUACACUUAUAUCAAAGCUGUUUUACAGUCUAAACUUCCAGGAUCUUCCAGAGUUCUUUGAAGACAACAUGGAGACUUGGAUGACACACUUUCACAAUUUAUUAACCUUGGAUAACAAGCUCUUACAGACUGAUGAUGAGGAGGAAGCUGGUCUCUUGGAGCUUCUGAAAUCUCAGAUCUGCGAUAAUGCAGCUCUUUAUGCUCAAAAGUACGAUGAGGAAUUUCAGCCCUACCUGCCUCGCUUUGUGACGGCCAUCUGGAACCUGCUGGUCACCACAGGGCAAGAGGUCAAAUAUGAUUUGCUAGUGAGCAAUGCCAUCCAGUUCCUGGCAUCGGUGUGUGAGAGGCCACACUACAAGCAUCUGUUUGAAGAUCAGAACACACUCACCAGCAUCUGCGAAAAGGUCAUCGUCCCCAACAUGGAGUUCAGAAGUGCGGAUGAAGAAGCGUUUGAGGACAAUUCAGAAGAAUAUAUUAUAAGAGACCUUGAAGGCUCAGACAUUGACACAAGGCGGCGAGCUGCCUGCGACCUGGUGCGAGGACUCUGUAAGUUCUUUGAGGGCCCUGUGACAGCCAUUUUCUCCGGCUAUGUAAACUCCAUGCUGACUGAAUACGCCAAGAACCCAUCAGUGAACUGGAAGCACAAAGACGCAGCUAUCUACCUAGUGACAUCGCUAGCCUCCAAAGCCCAGACACAGAAGCAUGGGAUCACGCAAGCCAACGAGCUGGUGAACCUGACUGAGUUCUUUGUGAAUCACAUUCUACCUGACCUGAGGUCUCCCAAUGUGAAUGAGUUUCCCGUCUUAAAAGCAGAUGCCAUCAAAUAUGUCAUGACCUUCAGAAGUCAGCUUCCCAAGGAGCAGCUGCUAGAGACAGUUCCUCUGCUGGUUACUCACUUACGGGCUGAGAGCACAGUGCAGCACACUUAUGCAUCUCAUGCAUUAGAGCGCCUUUUCACCAUGAGGGGAGCCAACAACUCCACGCUCUUCUCAGUUGCUGAGAUUGCACCUUUCACAGAACAGCUCCUCAACAACUUGUUCAAUGCGCUGGCAAUACCUGGCUCAUCAGAGAAUGAAUACAUCAUGAAAGCCAUCAUGCGAAGCUUCUCACUUCUCCAGGAAGCAAUCGUACCCUACAUCCCUACACUGAUUGGCCAACUCACUCAGAAGCUCCUUCUAGUCAGCAAGAAUCCCAGCAAGCCCCAUUUCAAUCACUACCUGUUUGAGUCACUGUGCUUGUCCAUCCGGAUCACCUGUAAGGCCAACCCUGCGACUGUGGGCAGCUUCGAGGAGGCCCUCUUCCCCGUAUUCACAGAGAUCCUUCAGAACGAUGUACAGGAGUUUGUGCCGUACGUGUUCCAGGUGAUGUCCUUACUGCUAGAGAUCCACACUAGUGCUAUUCCUUCCUCCUACAUGGCACUGUUUCCUCACCUGCUGCAGCCUGUCCUGUGGGAGCGCACAGGUAACAUCCCGCCUCUGGUGCGCCUCCUGCAGGCCUACCUGGAGAAAGGAGGAGGCACCAUCGCCAGCUCAGCCGCAGAUAAGAUCCCUGGUCUUCUCGGCGUGUUCCAGAAGCUCAUCGCCUCCAAGGCCAAUGACCACCAGGGAUUUUACCUGCUUAACAGCAUAGUGGAGCACAUGCCCCAAGAAUCAAUUAGUCAGUAUAGGAAGCAGAUUUUCAUCCUGCUUUUCCAAAGAUUGCAGAGCUCCAAGACCACGAAGUUUAUCAAGAGUUUCCUUGUCUUCAUUAACCUCUAUUGUGUGAAAUAUGGGGCGAUUGCUUUGCAGGAGAUAUUUGAUGACAUCCAGCCAAAGAUGUUUGGCAUGGUGUUGGAGAAGAUUGUGAUCCCAGAAGUGCAGAAAGUAUCAGGGCAGGUGGAGAAGAAGAUCUGCGCAGUAGGCAUCACCAAAAUCCUCACCGAGUGCCCAGCCAUGAUGGACACAGAGUACACCAAACUCUGGCCUCUUGUGCUCCAGGCCCUGAUCGGUUUGUUUGAGUUGCCGGAAGACGACAGCAUCCCUGAUGAUGAGCACUUCAUCGACAUAGAGGACACGCCGGGGUACCAGACUGCCUUCUCCCAACUGGCCUUCGCUGGCAAGAAAGAGCACGAUCCUAUUGGAGAUGCUGUUAGCAACCCUAAAAUCCUACUGGCCCAGUCUUUACACAAACUCUCCACAGCCUGCCCAGGGAGGGUUCCCUCCAUGCUGAGUACAAGUCUAAACACUGAUGCGUUGCAGUUUCUGCAGGGUUACCUCCAGGCAGCUUCAGUCCAGCUUGUCUAAGAUGGAUGCUAUCUUCACUUCGCCUCUGGAGUCUCUGUGCAUACAGACCGACGUACCUAAACACCAACCAACAGAUGAACAGUCGACUUAACAUCCUGCACCCUCAAGCAUCAGAGCUGCAUUUUAAAAUGGAUUGUGACCAAGCAGAAAAAUAGCAAAGUUACUUGAGUGAAGACUUGUUACUUGAGGUUACAGAUUUGUGAUCUAGCAUUUUGAUCUGACUCUUUGCAUCUGUUAACAGUCCACAGACAUCAGAAAUACAGGAUCUCAACAGGUAUCAACAGUGAUUUGGAGCAGAAAUGAUAUCUUGGACAACACAAUUGGGAAGACAUUUGAUGUCUAACAUUGAGUGGGAUUUUUUUUUCCAUGUAGAUCCAGGAGUGGUUUUUAAUGUAUAAAUAAGGGCUGUCAUUGUGGCACUAAAAAAAGGCUCUUUUUCUUUGUUGCAUGUCAUUGUCAUCUUUGUCUGGUCUUAGUUUUAAGGCUCUGUCUAAUUGUUAAUAAAGAAAUGCACUUGUAUAAUU